CUAGGCUAGGCUGUGGCAGGCGUAGAGGCGGCAGCAGCAGCAGCGCCUCUGUCAAUCAGGCGGACUUCCCUCCUGCACGCCCUGCGCUUGCCAGCCUCCUGGUGUCUCUGCUGCCUUCGCCGAGGAGAGCGGCCGCUUGCUGAGCGCUGGCCGGAGAGGAGCGGAUGCACCAGGGCAAGGACCAGCGGGGCUGAGUUUUCCCCGCCGGCGGAGGCGCCGCGGGCAGGAGGGCGGUGUCGUCGGCUGCCCUCCAAUGUGGCCGGAGCCCCCUGCUGGGAACUUUAAGGCUGGCUGCAAGGACUGGGAUAGGGCUGCGCUACGCCUGAGAUGGGUCCUCCAGCUGGGAUCGCCUCGCUGCUCGCUUGCUGGGCGCUCCUUCUGGUCCCGGGUGCCCUGCAGAAUCCAGAAGAGAGAGCUUAUAUUUUGAGAGAUCUAGAAGAAUACAGACUUGUCGUUCCAACUAGCACAGACUCAGAGGGCAGGUUCCUCACCAAUGUUGUGUCAGGAGCACCAAAGAGGCGCUUCCAAAGAGACACAGGGGAUCUUCCUCAUGAAACUGCAAGCAAGCACAUUUUUUAUAAUGUCACUGUUUUUGGAAGAGAAUUUCACUUUAGACUGAGACCGAACUCCAGGCUGGUGGCUCCUGGAGCAACUGUUGAGUGGCAGGAGGAUUCUAACAUCACUUACAUUGAACCGCUCCAUGGGAAUUGCCUCUAUGUUGGGGAUAUCACGGACUUGCCUAAUGCUUCUGUUGCAAUAAGCAAUUGUGAUGGGCUGGCUGGCAUGAUUCGCACAGACAAGGACGAGUUCUUUAUUGAACCUCUGCAGAAGGGAAAGCAGGAGGAGGAGGAAGGGAGGACACACGUGGUGUACCGCAGGGCAGCUGCCAAGGAAACACUUCCCGGUGAGCACACAGAUAUCCUGCAUAAAGAGGUGGACCUAAGCAAUCUAGAUGGCAUGUUGGACCUCUUGAAGGACGAGAUCAGUAGCUCGAGGAGGAGGAGGAGAUAUCCAAGGCAUGCAGCUGAUGAUGAUUACAACAUUGAAGUGCUUCUGGGUGUUGAUGACUCCGUUGUACAGUUCCAUGGAAAGGAACAUGUUCAGAAAUAUCUUCUGACACUAAUGAACAUUGUUAAUGAAAUCUAUCAUGAUGAGUCCUUGGGAGCCCAUAUUAAUGUUGUCUUGGUGAGAAUCAUCAUGUUGAGCUAUGGGAAAUCUAUGAGCUUGAUUGAGAUUGGUAACCCUUCUCAGAGCUUAGAGAAUGUGUGCCGCUGGGCGUACCUACAACAGAAACCUGAUACUGGACACGCAGAAUAUCAUGAUCAUGCUAUUUUUCUCACAAGACAGGAUUUUGGGCCUUCUGGUAUGCAAGGCUAUGCUCCAGUUACUGGCAUGUGUCAUCCAGUCAGAAGUUGUACACUCAACCAUGAAGAUGGAUUCUCCUCAGCCUUUGUUGUAGCCCAUGAAACUGGACAUGUAUUAGGCAUGGAGCAUGAUGGCCAAGGGAACAGAUGUGGGGAUGAAGUCCGGAUGGGAAGUAUAAUGGCCCCUCUUGUCCAGGCUGCGUUCCAUCGCUUCCACUGGUCUCGAUGCAGCCAACAGGAACUGAACCGAUAUCUGAAUUCCUAUGACUGUUUGCGUGAUGAUCCUUUUGACCACGACUGGCCUUCGCUUCCUCAGCUGCCAGGAAUUCACUACUCCAUGAACGAGCAGUGCCGCUUUGAUUUUGGUUUGGGCUACAUGAUGUGCACAGCUUUCCGUACUUUCGAUCCCUGCAAACAGCUAUGGUGUAGCCAUCCUGAUAACCCUUAUUUCUGCAAAACAAAGAAGGGACCUCCAUUGGAUGGAACCAUGUGUGCUCCAGGAAAGCAUUGUUUUAAAGGUCACUGUAUCUGGUUAACUCCAGAUAUCUUGAAACAAGAUGGAAACUGGGGGGCAUGGAGUAAAUUUGGUUCCUGUUCUCGAACCUGUGGAACAGGAGUGAAAUACAGAACACGGCAGUGUGACAAUCCACAUCCAGCUAAUGGAGGCCGCACGUGUUUUGGGCCAAGCUAUGAGUUCCAACUUUGCAGCACACACGAUUGUCCUAAAAAUUAUGAUGAUUUUAGAGAGGAGCAAUGCAGGCAGUGGGAUCCUUAUUUUGAAUAUCAGAACAUGAAGCACCACUGGCUGCCAUAUGAGCAUAAUGAUGGUAAAGAACGGUGUCACCUCUACUGUGAGUCCAAGGAAACAGGUGAUGUUGUUUAUAUGAAAAGACUGGUGCAUGAUGGAACACGGUGCUCUUAUAAGGAUUUUCAUAGUAUCUGUGUGCGAGGGGACUGCCUGAAAGUUGGCUGUGACAAAGUAAUUGGCUCCUCCAAGCAAGAGGACAAGUGUGGUGUGUGUGGUGGAGACAACACCCACUGCAAAGUGGUGAAAGGGACCUUCUCCAAGACACCAAAGAAACAAGGUUACAUUAAGAUUUUUGAAAUACCAGCUGGUGCAAGGCAUUUGCUUGUACAAGAAUCUGAUGCCACCAUUCAUAAUCUUGCUAUCAAGAACAGAGAAACAGGCAAAUUCAUUUUAAAUGAAGACAACUAUGUGCCAGACUCCAAAGUGUUUGUUAACAUGGGUGUGGAAUGGGAGUAUCGGAAUGAUGACAAUAGGGAAACUGUGCAAACCAUGGGUCCUUUACGUAAUGGAAUCAUCAUUCUGGCAAUUCCUCAUGGUAAUGUCAAGCUUUCACUGACAUACAAGUAUAUGAUCCAUGAAGACUCUUUAAAUGUUGAUAACAACAAUGUUUUGGAAGAUUCAGUAACAUAUGAAUGGGCCUUGAAAAAAUGGUCACCAUGCACAAAACCCUGUGGAGGAGGCUAUCAGUUUACAAAAUAUGGUUGUCGGAGGAAGACUGACCACAAGAUGGUUCAUCGUAGUUACUGUGAGUCCAUCCAGAAGCCAAAGCCCAUUCGCAGAGUUUGCAAUCUCCAAGAAUGUUCACAGCCAAUAUGGGUUACAGGAGACUGGGAACCCUGCAGCAAAACCUGUGGAAAAACAGGGUAUCAGGUGCGUUCUGUCCGAUGUAUCCAACCACUGCAUGACAACACAAACCGCUCCGUUCAUACCAAGUACUGCAGCAGUGAUCGUCCAGAGGGCAGGAGGGCUUGCAACCGGGAACUUUGCCCUGCACAAUGGCGGAUAGGACCCUGGUCACAGUGCUCUUUAACCUGUGGUAAUGGUACUCAAGAGAGGCAAGUGCUGUGCAGGACAAGAGAAAAUGUGAUUGGCUUUUGUAAAGAAGAGAAGCCAGAUACAAUAAGGUUCUGUAGACUACCCGUAUGUCCCAAAAAUUUAUCAGAUACAUCAAAGAAAACGUACAUGAUACAAUGGCUGUCAAGACCGGACCCAGAUUAUCCUAUCCAGAAAAUAUCUUCAAAAGAACAUUGCCAAGGAGACAAGUCAAUGUUUUGUCGCAUGGAAGUUCUCUCUCGAUAUUGUGCAAUUCCUGGUUACAAUAAACUGUGUUGCAGGUCAUGUAAUACAUACAGGAAUAAAACAGGAAGUGACAACACAACAGAAUCCAGCCAUAGUAAGGUUAAUAAUAUUGAAGAAGACAUCAUUCCCACACUUACAACACCUUUUGAAGUUCAUAUCCCACAUACUACAUCAGGUCGACCAGUUGUUUCCAAGGUGAACAUCACUAGUUCCAAUGCAACUGAAGAUCGGCCAGAAGUUAACUCAGUGGACGUUCCAUAUAAAAUCCAUGGUCUGGAGAAUGAAGUACCACAGCACAACAUCAUCUUGAGAAGGAGACCACCUUACGAAAGGACAAAGAACCAAAGAAUUCAGGAGCUGAUUGCUGAAAAAAGGAAAAGAGAGAUGCUCAGGAAAUUACAUUAACAUGGAAAUACGACACAUUUUUCUCUCAUAGAGAUGCUACCAAUGCUGCAGUAAUGCCCAUGUCAUCACAGAGACUAGAUGAUAACAGUGGUGCUAUGGCAGAAAUGGUGCUAUAGCCUGCAAUAAAUGGAAAUUUAGAGUUAUUUAAUUAAGGUUAAUAUAAAUAUUGUAAUAAUGGGUAGAGCUAUAGAUUGCCACAGAAACUAGUGCAAUAAUAGGUUUCACUGAAUCCCUAGGAACAGUGGUACCUAGCCAGGGUCAGCAGGGUUCUUACUUUUUUGUGAUCUCUUGCUCCUGCAGUGGAUAUGCUUGAGCCCACUGGAAUGUUACUGGUAUACAUGGAAUAUCAUUGAGAAAAGAUGGUGAUAGCCUAUCCAAAAUCCUCAGUGAUGUUUGGAAGCAUAUAGUACAGCCUCUAGAACCUCAGCUUCAGGAAAGCAUGAGUAUGCUUUAUUGUAACACCCCAGUCCUCAAAAUAUUCCAUUGGAAAUAAGUCCAAUCAGUGUCAGGGGAACUUAUUCUGAAGUCAGUAUGUCAGCAUCUAGGGUGUUGCUGACCAUGUCUAUCUUUCUGUUGUAUUAAAUAGUGCAGCUCCCAUACUUGGGCAGCAACACAAAAUACCACUGCAAGAUCAAGGAGCUAACUUAGACCCUGUUUCAGGAAUCAAACUUAAAUAUGUGCUUCAUGUUAACCACUUGAAAAACAAAGUAGGUAAGUGGUGAUGCUACUCACUGUGCAACAUCCAGCUGGGCAGAGAAUAUUCUUAAGGAAUACGAAAGAUCAUUAUGCUACUAUAUGCAUUACAAAUCCAACUGAAUUAGCCUUUAAAAUCCAUAUUUCUUGCAGAAGAAAAAGUUUACAUACCAGCUCAGGAGGUUGUUCCAGUAAAAGGCAUAACAGUAUCUGCUUUCUUUUUCUCAUACAAAGGGACCAAUACAGCCUUAUCAUUCAUUAAUAUACUCGCCCCACCAACUUCAACUAGAUUAGCCACAUACUAAACUUUAGCACCUACUUCUGAAAUACAGCUUUCUGUUCAUAGACACAAACCAUCAUCUGAGUGUGAAAUAUUUGAAAAUAAAAUAUUAAUAUAAUAACAACUCACUGGAUCACCUUAGGUUGCUCAAAUAGUCCCACAUUACUACAGUGUUUAACAUUUUAGAUAAUUUCCCCAUCUUUUUCCCCAUGUUUUGAUUAAUUUAAGUGACUGGACUUCCCUUUCAUUCAAAAAAUUGGUGCUUUUUUGUAAAGAAAAUGUAGUUGUUCAUGUAAUCAUUACAUUUUCUACAGUGCAAUGUUAUGUCAUUGUGGUGAACAUCUUGUAUUAUCAACAGUUCAUUAGAACAGCUGUACUGUAGCAGAAGCAAACAUGUCAUUAUGCAUAUAUACAUGUAUACACAAUCUCUGCUUUGAUCAUAACAAUGUAUAGUUUGACAGCC